ACACACACACACACACACACACACACACACACACACACACACACACACACACACACACACAGCAGCCAGCAGGAGUCUCGGUGUUUCAGUAUAACGGUAAACUGGAGAGAAAGUUUAACUUAAUGCCGGAAGUGAAGCUGAACAGAGAGAAAAGCGGAGAGGAAAGUGAAGUGAAACCGCGCUGUGACACUGACACACACAUGAAGAGGAGGAGGAUGAAGGUGGUGUCUCAUUAACGUCGCGCUGUAAGACAGAGAGAGAGAGAGAGAGAGAGAGAGAGAGAGAGAGACAGAGAGAGAGAGAGAGAGAGAGAGAGACAGAGACAAUGGGAUUACCGACUCUGGAGUUCAGCGACUCGGUCCUGGACAGUCCGACCUUCAGAGACAGACUGAAGAACCACGAACUGGAGCUGGAGAACACCAACAAGUUCAUCAAGGAGCUCAUCAAAGACGGCAACGCGCUCAUAGGAGCACUUAGAAAUUUCUCUGAAUGUGUGUUGAAGUUUGCUCAGUCGCUGCAGGAGUUUCAGUUCGAGUGCAUCGGUGACGCAGAGACAGACGACGAGGUGAACGUUGCUCAGUCUUUUAAGGAGUUCUCACAGCUGCUGAACAAGGUGGAGGAGGAGAGACACCGCCUCAUCCAGAACGCUGACGACGUUCUCAUCACACCUUUGGAGAAAUUCCGUACGGAGCAGAUCGGAGCGGCUAAAGAAGGAAAGAAGAAAUUCCUCAAAGAGAGUGAGAAGUACUACACAUCCCUGGAGAAACAUCUCAACCUGUCUUCUAAGAAGAAAGAGUCAUCACUCCAGGAGGCUGAUUCUCAGAUUGAUAAAGAGAGGCUGCUCUUCUAUGAUGCCUCGCUUGAGUAUGUCUUCAAAAUCCAGGAGGUUCAGGAGAAGAAGAAGUUUGAGUUUGUCGAGCCGCUCCUGGCCUUCCUACUCGGUUUAUUCACUUUCUACCAUGAGGGAUAUGAACUGGCUCAAGAGUUCGAACCUUAUAAACAGCAGCUCCAGUUCAACCUGCAGAAUACUCGGAACAACUACCUGACCACUAAACAGGAGGUUGAGAAACUGAUGAACAGAGUGAGGUCUGCAGAUCAGGACCAGAAACCACCAGGACAGUGGACCAUGGAGGGCUACCUGUACAUCCAGGAAAAAAGACCUCUGGGCUGCUCCUGGACUCGACAUUACUGCACUUAUGAUAAAGCCACUAAGACCUUCAGCAUGACCAACACCGAGACCAAGACCACCAACAAACAGAACGACGUGGUGUUAAACUCAGCUGAAGUCUUCAAGCUCAAGUCGUGUGUCAGGAGAAAAACCGACUCCAUCGACAAACGUUUCUGUUUCGACAUCGAGAUGGUAGAGAGAGAUGCUGUGUGUCGUGGAACUAUUUUCAGUCCCCUGCAGUUUUUCUGUAAAUUUCGACAUGGUAUUAUCACUUUGCAGGCUCUGUCUGAAUCUAACAGGAGAAUGUGGCUGGAGGCGAUGGACGGCAAAGAACCAAUCUACAACCUACCUGCAGUCCUGAGCAAGAAAGACGAGACUCAUCUGAACCAAGCAGGCUUUAAUUUUGUGAGGAAGUGCAUUAGCAUGGUGGAGGCAAGAGGCAUUAACACUAUGGGACUGUACCGUAUCGGAGGAGUGAACUCUAAAGUGCAGAAGUUGAUGAACUCUGUCUUCUCACCUAAAGCUCCAGCAGACAUGGACCUAGAUCCUGAAAUAUGGGACAAUAAAACCAUCACUAGCGGACUGAAGAAUUACCUCAGGUGUCUCACUGAGCCGCUCAUGACAUACAGACUCCAUGAGGAUUUCCUUGCGGCUGUCAAAUCAGAUGAUCAGAAUUACAGAGUGUGUUCGGUUCAUGCGCUGGUCCACAAACUGCCUGAGAAAAAUAAAGAAAUGCUGCAGAUUAUAAUUAAACACCUUCUUACAGUCUCAGCUCACAGUAAGACCAACAUGAUGACGGUAUCGAACCUUGCUGUGAUCUUCGGCCCCACACUGAUGCGCUCUCAGGAGGAGACUGUGGCUGCCAUGAUGAACAUCAAGUUCCAGAACGUGGUGGUGGAGAUCCUGAUCCAGAACUUUGAGAAGAUCUUCCACCAGACUCCAGACCCCAACAUUCCCUUGUCACAGCUCCACACUCGGCCGGAGUCACGCAGGAACAGAGCCAUCUGUCUCUCCACAGGAUCUCGCAAACCCAAACACACACACACACACUCGCUGUGUGUUGCUGAUGCUGACAGUGACACAUUCAGUAGCAGUUCCUGCAGCACCACGAUGGGCAGCGUGGACUCUCUGUCGUCUCACUGGUCUGAGCAGAACCUGUCCAAACUGAGCUCCUGUGCUCCCUAUAAAGAGAAGGUGUAUCUAUCCACUGUGUCCCCCAUCGGGCCCCGGGGCCAAGACUCCUCCUCCAGGGGGGACGUGGGGCGGGCGGAUGGAGAAUCGGACGACUCGUACAGCUCACCUGCUCUGAGGAACGUUCACAGAAACAUCACACACGGCUGUGGAGCUGCAGUGAGAUCAGAGCGGAUCGGCUGUGUAUCUGCACCUGCACUGCAACCGCUCCAACACACACACGAUAAACAGAGUGACGGCACCCAGUGGCUCAACCUGCCUCCUAAGUUGCCCCAGCGUCAGGACGUCGGCUCCGUCAGCGGCUACCAGAGACCCAUGUCAUUAGUGGCAGCAAGAGCGCUGAUGUUUGAAAGUCCCUCAGUGUCGACACCAACUGGCCGAGAUGCAAAAGCCAUAUAUUCCUGUGAGGCGGAGCAUAGCAACGAGCUGAGUUUCCCCCAGGGGGCGCACUUCUCUAACGUGAACCCUUCAGUGGAACCCGGCUGGCUUCAGGCAACGUACGAGGGCAAAACAGGACUGGUUCCAAAAAACUAUGUGGUUUUCCUCUGAGCCCACACAGAGAUGUCAUCCAGCCUGAUGGGGUGUGUGUGUGUGUGUGUGUGUGUGUGUGUGUGUGUGUGUGUGUGUGUGUGUGUGUGUGUGUGUGUGUGUGUGUGUGUGUGUGUGUGUGUGUGUGUGCAUGAUGGUGUAUGUCCUGUCCAUGGUUUAUACACGGAAUACAGUUAAAGACAUAAAUAUACCACACACACACACACACACACACACACACACACACACACACACACACACACAGGUACAGUAGUCAUCUUCGUCAUCAUGACUGUUUUAGCAUAAAGCUCUUAAAGCAAUAUAAAGUUUGGAACCUUUUAUUUAGCUCCAUCACUGUUUUAUCUGUUUACUCUGUAAUGAAAGUCUGACACUCGAGCUGCUCAUUAGUCUAGAAUUGUGUAGAUGUACUGAACUCUACCUAGGAAGCUCCGCCCCCUUCUGCCAUCUUACACUGAAAUCUUCCUCUCAUCUCGUCUCACUUAGUUAUCACACACACGAACACACACACACACACACACACACACACACACACACACACACACACACACACAGUAAUUAUAUAAAUGUGUGAAUGUUGUAUGAAAUUGUUUAAUUGUAUUUUUUACAGUGUGAUUUGUGUUUGUAGUUAUUGUGUGUAUUUUAGAGACAACUGUGUAAAAAGUCAUUCUGAUACCCUGACCUCUGACCCCUGACCUCUAACCCCAACCCCUAACCAUAAUUCUGUUCUUUCCUUCAUGUUCUUAAAUGCUGUUAAAUGUAAAAGAUGAAUGUAGUCGUCAUUGUGCACACAUUGUGUCAGUCACUUUAAUCAGGUGUUGUGUAGGCAGGGGUUGUGUAGUCAGGUGUUGUGUAGGCAGGGGUUGUGUAGUCAGGGGUUGUGUAGGCAGGGGUUGUGUGGUCAGGGGUUGUGUAGGCAGGGGUUGUGUAGGCAGGGGUUGUGUAGGCAGGGGUUGUGUAGGCAGGGGUUGUGUAGGCAGGGGUUGUGUGGUCAGGGGUUGUGUAGUCAGGGGUUGUGUAGUCAGGGAUUGUGUGGUCAGGGGUUGUGUGGUCAGGGGUUGUGUGGUCAGGGGUUGUGUUGUGCUGUAACUGUAUUGAUUGAACUGAACAAAGUUGUAUCACUGUUUUAGAUAUUUUUAGUUUGAUUUUUCACAAAUGUGAAUGUUUUACUGUCAAUAAAUUUCUACAUCAUGACCUCA